AUGAACUCUACCAAUGGCAGUUCGGGCGGCAACGACAUCACUCAACAACCUCCCCUCAACCUCCGCCCUUACCACCACCUGGCCUUUUCCAACGGAUUCGUCUACGCGCCGGACACCGUUGAACCCUUCAGCCCGGUCUCCUCACCCAACGUCGCCUGUUUUCUCUCAGGCGUUCGCACCGGUAGUCCCUCCCAACAGCCGGACACUGGUGAGAUUGGCGAUGGACCCGCUCCAGACAGCGAUUCCGCCUUCUGGUUCAAUCUCUACAGCAUGUACCUCGGCUGCGACUCUCCUGGCCCGGAUCCUUGCAUUUUUGAAGUCACCGGUCUUCAGUGGGAUGCCAAGGCUGCCAAUGAGACGACCAAAUUCGCGCAGAACUUCACGAUCCCGGCUUGUCCUGGCUUCAAAGAUUGCAAGCUCAAUCAGGUUGUGCUGAAUGAGACGGGAAUGGGACUGAGCGGAUUGGAGAUUCAGGCUGUGAGUGCUGGAAAGCCGAGGAUGUGGUUCAUGGAUGAUGUGCAGAUGGCAUGGAACGAUACCAGCUGCGAGGCGGGAUUGAAGAGGCAGAGGAGCAGGUGA